UCAUUUUCUCUUUCUACUCUAUAUCUGCUAUAAAUAGACUAACCCUUUCAGUUAUUUUCCAAAGAUUGUUAUUCAAUCUUAUCGAUGGAUGAAAGGUUGAGGCGUGCAGCUCAAUCCGGAAAUAUAGAUGCCUUGUAUGAUUUAAUCCAAGAUGACGCGGAUGUUUUACGACGCAUCGAUGAGAUGCAGUUCGUUGAUACUCCACUGCACAUAGCUGCAGCUGCAGGGCACACUGAGUUUGCAAUGGAGUUGAUGAACUUAAAGCCAUCAUUCGCUAGGAAGCUCAACCAAUGCGGAUUUAGCCCUCUUCACCUAGCCUUGCAAAAUAAACAAGAAAAGAUGGAGGAUUAUCUGGACCAUAUGAGGAUUCAAAAUGGACAAGACAACUCAGCUUGAUAUUCAAAACUCCUUGCUUACGUGCACAUGUUUACAUGCUGAUACGGUUGUGGUUUGGUAAUAAGAUUUGGCAUUGCAAUUGUAGCUGCAUCUGAUGACAAUUGCAAAACCAAACAUCAUAAAAAUAGCAAUAAAAAAAUCUCAAUCGCGGUGAGUUUUUUCUCAAUCGCAAUUGCAGCUUUGUGUAGUGUGAAUAUAAAUGUAGCUUGUUGGUAUCUAAGACGAGAGCUUAGCUGCUUGUGAAA